UGACCUUUGCUCAGGCGAGAGAUAUCUGCAGGAGACAGCAGAGGCCGCUUGUCAUCAUCUUUGGGAUGACAGACACUGCAGCUGGAACAAGUCUUGAGAGGUACACCAGGGACGAGGGGUUCUUGAACCUAGUGAGUCAUACGGCAGCAGGCACAGGGAGUCCUGCGCUCCAUAUACACCUGCUGCCAGGAUCAGAAGAGGGCAAAGAGUUCAUGGGGAGAUAUGGCAUCACAGAAGCCGAAAUGCCAGCACUGGUGGCAAUAGCUGACUGGAACUUGCCAGAGUCACCAGUCAUAAUGAAAAGCAGAGAUAAUGGAGAGAUGCAGGAGCACAUAGACCUUACUGCAUUUGUGGCUGGACCUGCCCCCGUGGACGGACCUGCCCCCGUGGACGGACCUGCCCCCGUGGACGGACCUGCCCCUGUGGACGGACCUGCCCCCGUGGACGGACCUGCCUCCGUGGACGGACCUGCCCCUGUGGGUGCGCCCGUUCCCGUGGGUGCGUCUGUUCCCAUGGGUGUGCCUGUUCCCGUGGGUGCGCCCGUCCCCGUGGGUGCGCCUGUUCCCGUGGGUGCGCCUGUUCCCGUGGGUGCGCCUGUUCCUGUGAGUGCGCCCUUUCACUUGACCCGACCGAUGCUGGGACAGGUGCAGGCACAGUUGCGGGCACAGGCACUUGGGAGAUUGUGGAUGCAUGCACAGGCACAGCUGAGGAUGCCGAGGAUGCCUGGGCACAGAGUGUGGUCGCAUCCAUACAGGAGAGCAGCAAACAGCUUCCCUUCACACAUGUCACAUCACACUUAUGUAGCGCGCCCUAGGGGACCACCACAGUGAAAGGUUGUAUUGAGGAAAACUAAGUGCAGUAGUAUGAAGGAGUUACACAGUUAAGCAGGGGAGCUGUGGGAACACUGACUGCAGAAAAGUUUGAUAGGGUACUGAAAUACAAGAAACAUGUGUAAACAUGAUGAUAUAAUAUUUUCAUUGUAAACUUGUUAACAAAAUAGAUGAAAACAUGUUUAUUCAGCUUGCUUGUAACACCUAGAAUAAAGGCUGGUGGCGGUUUACUUACCUUUUAUCAUUUUUUUUUAAUUUCAAAGAGUAGUAUCAUAGAAAAUGAAGACUUCAACGACAGUGGGUGUGCCUAUAGCUAUGUCUUACUCUACCAUGAUUGUAGAUGCAACAUUCACGUCUGAACUAUAACAUGAGAAAGUCAUAAGAACCCAUAUGUCCAAAAGAAAUGUAAAUGUCAGAUUGCAAUCAUAUAUACAUGUACAGAGAGAUGGGUGUCAAGUGAAAAGUUGAACCAGACACAUAAGCCUGUAAUCACCCUGUGGUCCUCAGGAGCACAUUUUUGCCACACUCAGCAUAAUA